GAUUUUCGUUGAGUCGUUAUAUUCGGUAAAACGGGACCCCUUGCAAAAUAGGAAAUAGAACCCCACGUGUGUUUCCUUUUUGAGCCGUGAUCGCGAAGGUGAUAAGAUAAACAAUGGCAGAAGAAAACUGGGCUGCUGAUGAAACUGCAGCUGUCACAGGCUCUGCAGUAGCUGUAGCAGAGUUGCCAGAAGUGAAGCUCUUUGGGAAAUGGUCAACAGAUGAUGUGCAAGUCAGCGAUAUCAGUUUGACUGAUUACAUUGCUGUGAAAGAGAAGUAUGCCAAGUAUCUACCCCACUCUGCUGGACGUUACCAAGUUAAACGUUUUCGCAAAGCAAUGUGUCCAAUUGUGGAACGUUUGGCAUGCAGUCUUAUGAUGCAUGGACGUAACAAUGGCAAAAAGUUGAUGGCUGUGAGAAUUGUCAAACACAGUUUUGAAAUCAUCUUUUUGCUGACUGGAGAGAAUCCACUGCAGAUCCUUGUAAAUGCCAUUAUUAACAGUGGACCUCGUGAAGACUCUACCCGUAUUGGUCGUGCUGGUACUGUGCGUCGUCAAGCUGUUGAUGUGUCCCCACUGAGACGUGUUAACCAGGCUAUUUGGCUGCUGUGCACUGGAGCUAGAGAGGCAUCAUUCAGAAAUAUCAAGACUAUUGCUGAAUGUUUAGCUGAUGAACUUAUUAAUGCUGCAAAGGGUUCAUCUAAUUCCCAUGCUAUCAAGAAAAAAGACGAGUUGGAGAGAGUCGCCAAAUCCAACCGAUAAUCAGUUAUCAUUUAUUUCAAUUGCCAGAGGACACGGUUUAUUUCUGUAUGACUGCAAUGGAAAUAAAUUCAUUAUCAUA